AUGUCUGACAUGGAGGACGAUUUCAUGUGUGACGAUGAAGAGGACUACGACCUGGAAUAUUCGGAAGACAGCAAUUCAGAGCCAAAUGUUGACCUGGAGAACCAGUACUAUAAUUCCAAAGCAUUGAAAGAGGAUGAUCCCAAAGCAGCGCUCAGCAGUUUCCAGAAGGUACUGGAACUUGAAGGCGAGAAAGGCGAAUGGGGGUUCAAAGCACUGAAACAGAUGAUUAAAAUAAACUUUAAACUGACUAAUUUCCCAGAGAUGAUGAACAGAUACAAGCAAUUGCUGACGUACAUAAGAAGUGCUGUCACCAGGAACUACUCGGAGAAGUCCAUCAACUCCAUUCUGGACUACAUCUCAACCUCCAAACAGAUGGAUUUAUUACAAGAAUUCUACGAAACGACUCUGGAAGCUUUGAAGGAUGCGAAAAAUGAUAGACUUUGGUUUAAAACCAACACAAAGCUAGGGAAGUUGUAUUUGGAGAGAGAAGAGUACGGAAAGCUGCAGAAGAUCUUGAGGCAGUUACACCAAUCUUGCCAGACAGACGAUGGCGAGGAUGACCUGAAGAAGGGGACACAGUUGUUAGAGAUCUACGCUCUGGAAAUUCAGAUGUACACAGCACAAAAAAACAACAAAAAGUUGAAAGCCCUGUACGAGCAGUCGCUCCACAUUAAAUCUGCCAUUCCUCAUCCACUUAUAAUGGGCGUAAUUCGAGAGUGCGGUGGCAAAAUGCAUCUGAGAGAGGGCGAGUUUGAGAAAGCUCAUACAGACUUCUUUGAGGCCUUUAAGAACUACGACGAGUCCGGAAGCCCGAGACGGACGACGUGUUUGAAGUACCUGGUGCUUGCUAACAUGCUAAUGAAGUCAGGAAUCAAUCCUUUUGACUCGCAAGAGGCCAAACCAUACAAAAACGAUCCAGAGAUAUUAGCAAUGACAAAUUUAGUAAGCGCCUACCAGAAUAAUGACAUCACUGAGUUUGAGAAAAUAUUGAAAACAAAUCACAGUAACAUCAUGGACGAUCCCUUCAUUAGAGAGCACAUAGAAGAGCUGCUGCGGAAUAUUAGAACUCAAGUACUUAUCAAACUCAUCAAACCAUACACAAGAAUACACAUCCCUUUCAUUUCGAAGGAGCUAAAUAUCGAUGUUUGCGAUGUGGAGAGUCUGCUGGUGCAGUGUAUUUUGGAUAACACAAUCCACGGGCGAAUUGACCAAGUCAACCAACUACUAGAACUCGACUACCAGAAGAGGGGAGGGGCUCGUUACACAGCUUUAGACAAAUGGACAAAUCAGCUGAACUCUCUAAACCAGGCUAUUGUGAGCAAGCUCACAUGA